ACAUCCGACCACCAUGGCCGCGGUUGUGGAUGCGUGUUGGACAUCCUGCGGCUUACCCCGGCGCCUACUUGACGCCCCGAGCUCCCCUGUCUCUCCCUGGUAACCCUAGUCCCCCAAAUCCCCUCUCCUCACUCAUAUCCGACGACCUGGAAGAGGCCAAACUCGCGGUCAUCGUCAUCGUCGUCGAUCCCGCGGCCACCGGCCUCCACUCGUCGCGCCAAGACGUCGAGGAGCUCCGCCAUCGUCGUCUUCGUCGCCCUCGCCUUUCGGUUGGAUCUCGGACGGACUGCUGCCUCGCCAUCGCGCGGUCUUCUCCGCACGGCUGCCGCAUCUCGUCGACGAGCGCGGCGCGUCCAGCCACCCCUGCACCUUCCAACCAUGUCCAUGAGCUCCACCACUACGAGACCGACGCCGCUGCUACCCAGUACGACUACGGUGUUGACGACCCCUCUCUCUUGCCAGAGCAACUAGGCAAGCAAACCCCCCCUGAGCCUUUCGAUAUCGCCCACUUAUCUCCCUCUCAUGCUUGCAUUAGAACUGCUACUGCUUUAUGUAUGAUCCUACUCUGAUGCAUAGCCUGUUGUUGUUACCUGCUUUCAUACCUUACCCGCUUAUCCUAAACUGCUUAGUAUAGGUUGGUUAGUGAUCCAUCAGUGACCCCCACCUUGUCCCAGUUGCCCCGCUUUAUGUUCGAUGACUCGAUCAUCGUGAUCGACGUCCAGGCCCCGACACCGCACAUCACCCUCCCCCCCCCUAGUUGGACAACUUUGCAGAGUUACCGUCGAGUGCCGAGGGUGGAACCUCUUACAUCACUUCUGAUGAGAUCUCUGUAGUGUAGUUAUACGGUAGAGGUCAUCGAGGGUGAUUUCCUCCUUAACCACUUCCGUUACCGCUCUGUCG